AUGGCGACGAAAUCACGCCCUCAUCACCAGUUUCCCCCAGGCAUCAUGGCCCCGACGCCGACGCAGACAUAUUACCCAAACGGUAGGGAGCAGGAUGAAGUCUACGAGGAGGUCGUGCAGCAGAUCAACCCAUAUUAUGCGUCCAUGAACUUUGCCAUACCAGCGCCCGACCUGCCCGCCGCACAUUCGCACUUCCAAGCCGCGCAAUGGCAAUGCCAGCCCGACAACAUGAUGUGGAUGGAGGCUCUGCAGCCAUGGCCGACCAACGGCAUGCUCAACGCAACUGAGCCCGUGUAUUCCGACUGGCAAGCGAAUGCGACGCCGACUUGGGAUUUCCAGGGCCAUAACGCCUUCGCCAGCCUGCAAAAUGCCCAAACAUUUCCCAUACAAUCGCCCUCUCCCGCUCGAGUCGACAACUCUUUUGCUCCACCGCCGCAGCAAUUCCAGCAGCAAUAUCCUGCGAACAACACUUGGGCUACCGGCUGGGUCGAGGAGAUCUCUCCAGCUGCGCCAGUUAACGAGGUCAUGCCAUCGGUAGAAGCCAUGCCCGACGUGACAAUCCACGCGCCGACCCCGAUACAUGCUCCGGUUCCAAUUCCCGCCCAAGCCGCUCCUCCUCGGCGGCAGCGGGCGCCUACGCCCACGAUAGAAUUCCCCGAAUAUGCCACCCCUGUCGACGGAGUCCCAGUCCCGGUCCAGCCAUUACCGGUACCAGUUCGCGUCGAGAAGCGCCGAAGGGCACCAACCCCCACGAUAGAGUUCGAGGAAUACGCGACGCCCUUCUUUGAUACCACUCCGGUCCCACAGGCUGCGAUAGCACCACCUCCUCCCGGCUCGCCUGCCGCCUCGCGACCUGCGCCUGUGCGCCGAGACUCUCCGGUUAAAGCGCGGCGUGGAUCCCAGACCGUCUUCAAGACCCAGUCAGCCAACUCGAAACGAGGCCACUAUGCGUCCGACGUGUGGGAGAGACACAAGCCCGUUAUUCAGAAGUUGUAUAUUGAGGAGGGAAAACCGCUGAGGGAAGUCAUCAGGACCAUGGAGACGGAACACAAGUUCCCGGCAACCCAGAGGAUGUACAAAGCCCGGUUCAAGCAGUGGGGCUUCGUGAAGAACAACACCGAGAAGGUGGUCUCGCAGAUCCUCAAGACGAAGUUCCAGCGCGACGCGGCCGGCAAGCUGUCCCAGUUCACCCGCAACGGCAAGGACGUCAACCUGCAGAACUACCUCCAGCGCAAGGGCAUGACCGAGUACGACCUGGUCGACUUCUCCACGGGCGUGGCCGAGGAUUCGCUCGUGCACGUGCGGUGCCGCACGCCGCCGCUCGACCUCCCCGAGGACCUGCGCCUGCCGGACCGCCUGCGCUUCCAGGACUCGCUGGUCAUGAGCUUCAAGCGGGCCUUCCUCCUGUGGCGGCAGGAGGAGCAGGAGAGCGCCUUCGGCCUGCAGGCGACGGUGUUCACCUGGCGCGUCACCGACUUCCCCCACCUGUCGAGCCUGAUCGAGUCGGCGCGGCUGAUCCGCAACGGCGAGGGCGCCCAGGGCGUCGCGGCGCUGAACCAGGCCUUCUGGUCGAUGAACUCGUACUUCGGCUCCAUGGACGCCACCUCGUCCUUCUACUUCUUCUUCCACCGCCAGAGCAGGUGCUGGCAGGACGACUCGCGGAUCGCGCUGGCCGUGUGGAAGUUCCUCGCCGCGUACGCGAGCGCGCGGAACCACAACAACCACCCGCUGUUCCACACUUUCAAGUUGAUGUACGAGGUCGUGCAGAAAGAGGGGGUCCCCGGCCUGAGGGAGCUGCUGCAGGAGAGCUCGAGCACGGUGGCGGACGAGCUGGAGAAGUCGUUCGGGAGGGACCACUGGCUCAAGGACCUGAUCUGGCACCGGUGCUUCCCUGAGAAGUCCAAGCUGAGGCAUUUGCAGCUGAUUAGGGACCUGAGGGAUCAUGGGCCUACCAGGAAGAUUGUGAGGAGGCUGUAUUGA